UUUCCGAAGAGGCGGCUAGUAGCAUUACGCAUCUUCCGCUAGGUGGGUCUCGGUGUGGUACUUUGUGUCCGAGUCUUAUAUAACUUUAUAAAAGUUAAACAUUAAAUGUCUAUUCAGUUUCUAUAAACUUCAAGGAGUGAUGAAGUUACAUUCCACAAGGCUUUGGAUCUUUGUGUUUAUACAGUCAGUGAUCUGCCAGGAUCUCAUUUUGGAAGGCAUCAUUAAAAAAAGCAUCCUGCUGCCCUGCUCCUCCAGUAAGCCUCCACCACUGGAAGUUUUCUGGAGGGACAAAAACAGCACAAAUGUGCUGAACAUCAAUGAAGGAAAGCCUGACCUGGAAAGCCAGGACAAGAGCUAUAAAGAUCGAGUGUCCUGGUCCGAAACAGAGUUCAAGAGAAAGAACUUCUCCAUCAUCUUGGAGAACCUGAGCAAAGAGGAUAAUGGAAACUUUGAGUGCAUCGUCUUUUCUGGUGAUGAUGGUGGAACAAAAACCAAGAUAAAGUUGGAGGUGAUGAACUCAGCAAGUUGUGUCUCCAGCAGUCGGCUCGUCCUGCAGACGUUGGUCCUCUCUGCUCUCAGUCUGAUCAUCUACUUCUAACAGGAAGUUUAAGUGUCACUGUUCUGCUACUUUCAAUCAUUAUUUAUUCACAUAUUAUCUUCGGCUUUGAGCAGCUAAUCAACAUUUCUCUACUGUUAAACGGUCCUCCACCUGUUACCUGUCAUUUUAUCUCCAUAGGAGUUAAAAACUGAAGGCUGAUGAAGAAAACUGAUGAAACCAGAACGUGAAGUGUUCUGGUCUAAUCUCUGAUCUGGGCUGCUUUCUUUUUUAUUUCUGUAACAGAAGGUCAAGAGUUCAAGUUAAUCCUUCAUAAACCACAGGAGCUGUUCCUGUUGCAGAAUCACCGUUAAGUUUACUUUGUUUGUGGAUGGGAAUGUUUUCAAAUGAAGGACAGUAAUAAAAAAAUUCUUCUAACAUUGAACAGGUUCAAACACUAAUUACACAGCAUAAAUUAAAGCGUCAUAAUUAAAUUCCAACUCAACCUCCACAUUUAAGUGAGGAAAAACUCCAUCUUUAAACUCAUAAAUCUGCUUGAUUCAGACAUUUUGUUCUCAUCACCAAGAGUCUGAGCUCCAGCAUGUAGAAAACAGGAAUUCAGCAGCAGCAGGAGGUUAACCAUAAGCAGAAAAGGUCCUUCUGUCAAAAUGUUUAAGUUGAUGCAGAUUAAACUCUGAUUACAGUUACAGUUAGAAAACCAUCAUCUGGGCUGAACCUUAAUCUGAAGCCUGCUAAUUUAGCAUUUUGCACAUUUGCGUUUGUUAUUGUUAAGUGGUCGUCUGGGUUUUAUCCUUAUUUGUGUUUCAUGUUCAUCUAUAGCAGUUUGGGAUCAGGGGAAUUUUUCCCUCCAGAAAGUCAAAGGUUGACAGAAAACAAACUUUCUACAUAUCCAAUCAAACGUAACAUCACUCACACAGAAAUGAUCAUAACUGAGAAUGCUCAGUUUGUUUAGAAGGUUUGUUUUUCAGUUUUGUGAAAAUUUAUUAUAAAAUACAUUUUUUUUUUUAAGAUCUACAAUUCAAAGUCAGUUUUUCUUUGCUGAUGUCAUAAACAGAUUGGGCCAUAUUUCCAUUUUGUCACAUUUUUGUUUCCAGUUAAAAGUAUUACAUAAGAAAAUGACAAAUCUUCCUUAUUUCUGAUCAGGCACCUGAUUCUGUGACCGUUACAUAUGUUAUAAAUUGUUUAAGUCUGUUUUUACAUCCUUGAAGCAAACAUGCUGUGUUCUCCUCAGCUUCCUCCUAUUUCAGGAGGAAGCUGUUUAAUCUCUGAUAACAGAAAGUAAAAAUCAGUUACAUUUUAACUUUACACUUUAUAUUUUUUGCAAAAAAAAAAGGUUUUUUGUUUUGUUUUCUUUUAACCCUGCAUUCUGUUAAGAUGACCACCAAAACUAUAUAAAGCAAAUCAGGGUAAUAGCAGAAAGAUAUUCUCUGUUUUUUAGUUUCCCAUUAAACUUUAAUUUAUUAGCAAAUUCUGCUUAAUGCAAGACUGUACCCUGUUUUUUAUUUAUUAAUAUGGGGAUAUACCUUUGAAGAUGAGGUGUAAAAUCUGAUGACAGAUCAUUGUUUGAUGGAAAAUGCAUGUUUUAUGAAGACCAGAUGUUUUUGAUGACCAAAUGAAGAUUUUUUGUAUUUGAAGAGAACAGUGAUCAGUGGAUCCUUAAAGUUUGUCUUUAAUGUAGUCUACUUAACCAUGUCAGCAGAAUAAAACUGAUUGUGUGAAAAAU